UGGCUUAUUGCCACAGCACCAUCUCAUCGGGAGAAGGCGUGUCCCUUGCCCGGAUUGCUCCGUGCGCCCCUUUGUCCUUUCUGGUGUUGCUCAGCCAGCGACACUCAUGGCGGCUGCACCCGUCAGGCAGCGCCCCGGACCGGGGGGGACCCGUGCACAGCUCCCUCCCUGUUACUACGAAGGCUAUCUGGAGAAGCGAGGACCCAAGGAACAGGCUCCCAGGCGUCUGUGGACAUCUCUGUGUGGGAAUGCGUUGUAUUUCUUCAAUAAUUCCAAGGACACUCAUUAUGUAGAGAAGAUGGACCUCAGCGGCUUUGUGUCCCUGAAGGACGACUGUAGCCGGGAUAGAAAUUUAGAAGCAGCCAGACUCAUCCUACGCAUGAAGGACGGAGAAACCAGAAUAACGACACCCAACCUGGAAUCAAGGGAGCUGUGGAAGGGUUUCCUCUACUCUGUGAUAGAUUUGAAUGUACCAUCAAACCUGACCCUGCUGCCGGGCCAGCUCCAGAUGCUGAAGGAAGUUGUGGACAAAGAAAGGUCCAGGCGGAGAAACCGCACACCCACACGAGCACCUCCUUCGCCUCUCUCUGUCCCGUUAGUCGGAGAGAUCCCGCCGUGUUUCCGCCCAGUGUCACGAACCGAGGCUGAAGUCCUCUUAGAAAGGCACCCAGAUUGUGGCAACAUGUUGCUGCGUCCCGGAAGAGACGGAAGCUCAUUGGCCGUCACCACGCGACAGGACCUCAACGGAUCAGUUUUCAGACAUUACCGAGUAACACAGAGAGACCAGGGUGGCUAUGUGAUUGAUGUGGAAAACCCGAUUCCCUGUGCAACCCUUCAUGAUGUCAUUAAUGCCCUUGUGGAGAAGACAGCUGGAACUCUUCAACCUUUUCUCCUCGAAGAACCUUAUGAGGAGAACAUUACAUACGUUUCUGCCAACGACGAGAACGGAGAAAUGAUUCUCCACACCGCCCCCACCAGCCCCCUUCCAAAGCCUCCCGUGCUGCCCCCGAAGCAAGUUGGUGCGGAUCGUUGGCCGAGCAGCCCCCCGCCACGCUCCCCUGCUCCGGACCGCCGCCUCCUAACAUCUUCAGUGCCUGCCUCGCCCACCAACCCCAUGAGACGACUCAUCCUAUCACCUUCCCCUCUUGCACACUCUCUCAACGAGGAGCUCAAAAUGAAGCUGGAGAAGAGACGAGCCAGUCAGGAUUAGUAAUGAACGUGCCAAGCCCCUUUUCACCGCAGCUACGUAUUCAUCCUGUGCCUUGUCGGCGGAACACAAAAGGCUGCAGGCGGCAGCCGGCGUUCCGUCGUCGUCGCAGGUAUCGAUGUCAAGCUCAAGACUGGUGUAAGCACACUUGAUACUUGAACCGCACAAAGUACUGUUUACUAUCCCUGAGCAAAAAGUUUUGAACUGCAACUAAGAAUUAAGGAGAGCCAACUGAGCCUGGUGCUGUUUUUCUGAGCAAUCUGUUUUGUGCUCAAUUACCUGAACUGCUAAGGGAUAUUUUUAACAAACAGUAUUGAUUCGAAAGAUUAGUACAAUAACCUGUGAGAACAGGAACUUAAUUGUAAUGGCCCAUUUACAAAUCCCAGUUCUGUUUCCUUUUUCUGUGCUAUUGUGUGAAUGUGUGUGCGUGCGUGUUUGUUUGACUCACUACCAACUGUCACAUGUCUAAAAAUCCCAGGUGAUUAUCGAUAUAGCCAUCUGAGCAUUUAUUCAAUAUCCUUAAAAUCCAGCCUCUGAUCCAUGGAUUACUACAUGCUUUAUUCUGCUAGUAAGACAAUUUAGCCCACUAGUUGAUGUGUCUUAUUAGUUCUGAUUUUUCCACUACCAGUGCCACUUUUGGCUUACUAAUAUGCAAUUAAACCCAGCUAGUACCACUAAGAACACAUGUUUGAACAUUUAUUUGAUGCUCUUUGUAUUCAGUUUGAGUUCCAUGUACUACUACGCUUUUUGUUAGCUACAAGGAUGCCACCUAACGGAAUAUUGGACUCCUCACUGUGCUGUAAAGAAAACUACAGUCGUAGUAAAAAUUUUAUUAGAGCUAUAAGUGACCUUUUAGCUUUAUUGCAGUAUCACACUCUGCCCGGUAUCUGCAUUUCAAGGCAACCUGAAAGUGUUUCUUAUGUUUUUGUUAGAUGUCAAAGGGCAUUAAAGUAUUUCGAAUAGGACGAACUUGUCCUUGCAAAACUUGCCCCCCCCCCCCUUCCCUUACAAGUUGUUCAAGCGUUUAUAUUGAAAUUGACUGACCUGCAACAACAGAACAGUGAGGAAAAAUAUAUGACUGAUAUAUAUUUUUUAUCUCCCUCCGCCCCUUUUUUGUUGUUGAUGUUGUUGUUGAAUGUGUUGAAACCCCGUGAGAACUUUGUGAUUAAAUGUUAACACAAAUUUGAA